GUGACAAGAGUAUUUUUCUCUUUUUCAGACUGCUUACAAACAGGGCCAUGUUGACUAUGGAAUCAAUCAUUUCCUGAUAUUGUGGGAGAGAAAAAGUGGGGAAGCAGUCCAAAUUCCUACUGUGAUACAAUAAUUUGUUUGCUUUGUGAUAUAUAGAAGAGUUACUUCCCUUUUAUUGAAGAUUUUUAUAGUUUUACUAUUCUACUGACAAAUAAAAAUGGCAAGUUUCUUCAGAAGAAAACGGAGCCUUAUAUUUAAGCUCAUUCUUGGAAUUCCUACCUUGUGGUUUGUAAUAGUGAUAUUUUUAAGUUUUCAAAGUACUGAUAAUGAUAAACCUCGUGAUGACAAAGGACCAAAUUUAGCUAAACGUGAUAUAGAGAACAAGGGUGGUGGAGGCGUGUUUGAAGGAUUUCAAAAUCCAAUUAAUAAAAUUAAUCAAAUAGUGCAACCUUUUAAUCCAUUUGUUAAUAAAGAAGUGACAAAGCAAAAAAACAUGAAACUUUCAAACAAACAGAAUGGUAACUUAAGGGAUAUAGGAAAUCCAGAUGACAAAGUUGUACACACAGAUUUUGAUGUAUCUGGAAAAUACAGGAAGUCUGAUAAUGGACCAGGAGAACAAGGAAAUGGUGUAACUGUUGACAAAGAGAAGUUAGCACCAGAAGAACGUAAAAUCUAUGAUGAUGGUUGGCAGAAUAAUGCAUUCAAUCAGUAUGUCAGUGAUCAGAUCUCAUUGCAUAGAAGUCUCAAAGAUGUCAGGGACACUGAAUGUAAGACAUUGAAGUACCGCAGAAAGCUGCCAGAUACAAGUGUUGUUAUAUGUUUCCAUAAUGAAGCUUGGACAGUACUGUUGCGAACUUUCCACAGUGUUUUAGAUAGAACACCACCAGAACUUCUGAGGGAAAUUAUUCUUGUUGAUGAUUUUUCAGAUAAAGAAUUUCUGGGCAAAAAGCUUGAAGAUUACAUCAAAGAUUACCCUAAGGUGAAAGUUGUGCGCACCAAGCAGAGGGAGGGGCUGAUCAGGGCCAGGCUUCUGGGUUUUUCCAAUGCUGUGGGAGAUGUGGUCACCUUUCUUGACUCUCACUGUGAAUGUGCUGUAGGUUGGAUAGAACCAUUGUUGGAUCGUAUAGCUGAGGAUAAACGUAAUGUCGUAUGUCCAGUUAUUGAUGUUAUAGAAGAUGAUUCAUUCAAAUAUCAGUAUGGUAAUGCCAGAUCAACUAGUAUUGGGGGCUUUGACUGGAACCUUCAGUUUAACUGGCAUGCUAUACCAGAGGAGGAACGGGCCAGAAGAGAAUACAAGGAUUAUUUACCAGUCAGGAGUCCAACUAUGGCUGGAGGAUUGUUCUCCAUUUCAAGAGAGUAUUUUGAGGAGCUUGGUGCAUAUGAUCCUGGUAUGGAUAUUUGGGGAGGCGAAAAUUUAGAACUGUCUUUCAGAGUAAGCUUUAAUUGUUUUUAUACAAUAUAACCUCUUUUAAGGUGAUGUGGAACACUUGUUCUUUUAGUUUGCCAGAACUUUAUUGGUGGUUUAAUGCCUAUUG